AUGCGCCUCCAAGCCCGGACUGUCCUUGGGUCGCACCCCAACUUGACCCUGCCGUAUCGAACCCCUCCACAAUGCCCAUUCCGGAUACAAACUCAUGCUCGAUUUCAAAGCUCGAGCGCAGGCAGCCCGUUCGUCCCCUCCGAGCCAUCGAGUGAACACACGCCCCGUCGCCGACGUCGAUUCAAGAAAGCCCCGAAAUCACAAAGGCUUCCGUUGGACGUGAAAUCACUGGGAAAACCCGGCGAGAUUGUGGUAGUUCCGCCCAAACCGGCACGGAACUUGAAACAAAAGUUACGAGAGGUGCAGAACACAACCACGGAGGAUGCACAGCCGGUCACCCUAACCUCCAUGCUGGAGGAUCUAGAGGAAGAAUACACCCCACUGACGUCCGACGUGAUUCGGGAACGAAUUGAGAGCCACCGAGAGCCAGCCGGUGUCACGGGCAAACUGACUGCAAGCGAGUGGGAAGCUGUUCGAGAUCACCUGACGUCGGCGUUCACUUACAAUCAACUAUCGGAGUAUAUCGAGGACUAUGACCACAGCAACGACCACGGCCGCGAGAUCCACGCCAGAAGGACAAACAAUGGGUGGCGACCCGGCACAUCUGCGUUUCUGCAGGCCUACCCGGACCAAGCCACCCAGAUCACAAAACGGGUCACUUCAUCGCAUGACCUGAAGGGAAAAGCUCUGCUGGCAGAGCGCAUCCUCCGUGAUUGCUGGACACUAUCCAUUGUGGAGGAAAUUGGUCAAAUUGAUCUCCGCUUGUCACCUUCACACGUCACAUUGCUGCUCCAAGCAGAGCACUUCUCCUUUGACGAGAUAGCAACCUUGCACGAGUCCAGUAUCGAUGUCACGAGCUCUCUUGGGCUGGUUAGAAUCACAGGCCGUCAAGAGUCUUGCGAGUCCAUGGCCGAGAUCAUCCACGACGCGAUCGCCCGUAUAAGAGAGGACGACAUCCCCAUUGACCCCACCUCAUUCCGCACUGCCAUGAACCAUUCACUCUCGCAACGCAUGUUGGAAUUCAUCAGCACGACCUACGGAGUUGCAUUCGCGACCAAUGACUCGCAAGUUCCAGAGAAGAUUAUUUAUCUUGCUGAGAACAGAGAGGGUGCGGAGAAUGCACGCCGGGCAUUCGAUCUAAUACUGCGCGAGGCGACUCAGCCGGUGGUACCCUUCUCAACGUACUUUUCCGCCUCAGACACGGCAAACACAUAUAUUCACAACCCUGAAGAUAGUGUAUCGUGGCUCAAUCAACAGAAGCAAUGGUUCAGGUGGGCUAUGCCAUCUACUCAAUCCACAGAAUCCCAAGGUCAUUCGACGGACUUAUUCGACAACCAUCAAACUCGACUCUCAGACCACCUAUUGAAACGUCUUCGUCAGGCGUCGGCACCUACAGCGGCAUCGAGUGGCGGUCUCACUGUUCACGAAUCGGUAACGGCAUCGGUGGGCCACUGCCUCUUCUCUCGCAGGCAAUCAUGGGAGAAUGCACCUUUGAACCCUGUCCAGUUGGGAAAACUCUCCCUACCGCGGACAUUUUCUACUGACAUUCCUCGUGUGAUCAAUUACUUGACUUCCCUUCGGCCUAUCACCCCGGCCGUUGGAACGCAAAUACACAAGCUGCAGUUGACCCCGUCAUCUCAAGAUGCGCAUGUGGCCCCGACUUUAGAGGUCACUGUUCUCUCCAAACUGGGAACGACCCUGGGCAGCGCCGAAGAUGCAUUUGAGGUGCAAAAUGUCCGGGCCAUCUUACGAUCCAAUGACAUUGAUUAUCUUCUGCCGGAAAACGGCCUCGAUCUGCGCUUCACUCACAAGCUCUACCAUGAGCUUUCGAGCGAGGAGCUGAUCUGCAACCCUGAUCUGCAGGACCUUUUCAAUGGUAUCAAGUCCAGCCUGCGCGGCACUUUCGGCUUCCCCCUGCACGGAAGCCAACCUGAUGAGGCAACCACCCUGCCUACCUUUUGCCAUCUUGCCCUACCGGCGCACAUGGUCAAGUCGAGAGAAUCUGUAACCGCGGAAUACAUGUUCUCUCCGAUUCACAAUAUUCGCCGUGCAGCGGUCCAAUUGUACGAGCUUGAUGAUCGCCAGCUCAGUUACAGUUAUCACGAGACGGGCCCGAUCCUCCCCGCACGGGUUGUGGAUGUGUCGCUCAGCAUGGAAAUCCCAGAUGCCAAGUCCGAUGCGGGUGCCACCGAGGAUCAAAUGAAGGUGUCGUUGGAAUCGGAGUUCCAUUCUUUCUACAAAACCGCUUGCCGGAUGGCCUUUGACAUUCACAGGUUGAAGCUUACGGGCACAGAAGAUGGGAUUUUCGAGCCCAGUCCAAUGUUCAGAUAA